AUGCCCAUCAGCGCUCUCCUCUAUGUUUCUCGCAAACCCAACAUCUCAUCGGAAGACUUCAGAAAGCAUUAUGAAGCACACCUGGAGCUACUCAAGAAACUAGCAGGGGACGGUCUUCCUCUUUCGCACAAACGGAGCUACAUCGCGCGCACGACAGUCACAUCCCCUCCUGACGACGCCACCACACGCAACUCCCGCACGCCGGGCACUAUCUGCCACGGGCAGCAGACAGAACUCGACUUUGAUGUCUAUGCUGAACUUACUUUUGCCGAUCAGGCUGCGUUUGAAGCUCUGCAUGCCAGGGUUACGGCCACGGAUGCGGUCGCGCAGAUUUGA